AUGGCGACGCCAACAGCAGCGCGGGACAUGGAGGAGCGGCUGGCGGAGAUGGCGGGCGGCGUGGGGGAUCGUAUGGCGGCGUUGGAGGCGCAGCUGAGGGAGCAGGGCGACGCCAUGGCUGCCAUGCAGCGCGACAUGGGCGCAAUGCGCCAAGCCAUGGCCCACCUCAUGGGUAUGGCGGCGACGGGCGCUCUGGGGGAGCAGGGUGAGGGGGCAGGAGCGGGAAAAGGGAGUGCAUUGGGAGAGGCAGCGGAGGGCAUUGGCGCACAGCCGCUGACAUGCGCGGAGGAAAACCUUUUCCCUGCGUUUGAAGCGGAGGGAGCGGAUGGAGCGGAGGAAGCGGAGGAAGCGGAGGAAGCGCCGGAGCAAGUGGCGCAGGUGGAAGCGGCGAGGUGGGAGGUGCAGGAGGCGUCGGGUGAGAUGCCCGGCGGGGAGAUGGGGGCGCUGAAGGCGGAAGUUGCGCGGCUGAGGGGAGCGGCGAAGCGGCAUGAGGAGUACACAGAGGGGCGCAUCAACGACCUGGAAGCGGAAGUCGCAGCGCUGAAGGACUGGCGCAGCUCGUGGGAGCAAAUGGGGGCGGAGAGACGGGAUGCGAAGAGGCGGAAGAGGGGUGAAGGUGGCGCGCUUCUAGAAAAGCGGGAUGACGUCGAAAGGGAGGGCGAGGCGCAGAGGGAUGCAGCGUGCGCUGGGGGAGGAAAGACAUGGGAGGUGAAACCUCACGUAUGCACCCUUAGCUCUCCGUCCUGCCCUCCUUCCUGCUCCUGCCAUCUCCCUGCACAUUUGACCUUACUGCCCUCCUUCCUUCUCUCAUUCCUUCUCUCCUUCCUUCUCUCCUUCCUUCUCUCCUUCCUUCUCUCCUUCCUUCUCUCCUUCCUGCCCUCCUUCCUUCUCUCCUUCCUUCUCUCCUUCCUGCCCUCCUUCCUUCUCUCCUUCCUUCUCUCCUUCCUGCCCUCCUUCCUUCUCUCUUUCCUUCUCUCCUUCCUGCCCUCCUUCCUGCCCUCCUUCCUGCCCUCCUUCCUGCUCUCCUUCCUGCCCUUCUUCCUGCCCUCCUUCCUGCUCUCCUUCCUGCUCUCCUUCCUGCCCUCCUUCCUGCUCUCCUUCCUGCCCUCCGUGGCUGCAGGCACUGCUACGACUGUGGAGCAAAACUCCGUCGGCUUCACUGAAGCGGGGGUGCGAGGGCUCUCCUCGCUCACGGGCCUCACACAUCUGAAUCUACGGGGUACAGCCACAACAGACACAGCGCUUGAAGGCGUUGCCAGGCUGGAGAAGCUUCAAGACCUUAUUCUUGACCGGACCAAGAUAACCGACGCAGGAAUCAUGAAGCUGCAGGGGUUAUCUGCGCUCACGACUCUGUUCCUAGGCGGUUUGAAGGUCACGUCUGCCAGCAUGGCGCAUGUGGGCAAGUUGACAUCGCUGGAACGUCUCACACUGCAUGGCACUGACGUGAGGGAGGACGGGCUGGAGCGCUUGACUGCUCUCACUGCGCUGAAGCUUCUCACUGUGCCUCCAGGAGUGACUGAUUCCGGCAUGAUGCUGCUGCGGAACAUGAAACACUUGGAGACGCUGGGGCUCUGGAAUGCUGAAAUCACUCCCGGUGGUGUGAAAUGGCUCAUCGGGCUGAAUGCGUUGGAGAUGCGGCGGGACAUGCGGGUGGACCUAUGCAUGCAUGCGGCGGAAGACCUUAUAUCGUCGCUGGCGAGGCUGGGAGUGGUGGUCCCGAGGCAACCCGCCCCCAGGGUCGCGAAGCAUGGGGCGGUAGUCGAUUCAGGUGCGGAGGAUGGCAACACGCAGCUAACACGGAUGCAGGUGGAGCACUACAGUAUGAAGCGGGACUUGACGAUCUGGAAGGCAGCUGUCACAGCUGUUGGAGCGGCCAUGGGGUACAGUGUCGAUCAGCUCAUUGCUGGAGCUGCCCACGUCCUGCAGCAGCAGGCUUCUGAUGGGGAAGCGGCGACACCUGGGUGCAGUGGGUCCACUGCACCGUCCACGCCCAACCCACGUGCAGGCGCGCGGGCAGGAGCCCCCGACAGCCCCGGUUCCAAAGGAGACCCUCCUGUGAGUGUUGGCCAGGGUGGUGCUGGCACCACAAAUGUCGAUCUAGGGGUGGUACAUCCCUGCCCGUCCCCGCUGCCCGUGCCGGCGAAGCCGUUGUGGUCGCAGAAGGCAGCCCCGGUGUGUGUGCCCUUCACGCAUGAGGCAGCGCAUACGGUCGUUCAACCAGGUGGGACGAAGCCCGUGGUAUUGGCUAUGCCGGCAAAGAGGAAACGAGACGACACUCCUUCGCCCGGGAGUGAUGCUGAGGGCGCCAUCCCCGCUAGCAAAAGCAAGGGUAAUGGACAGGGUCGGAGCUCCAAAUGGAAGGGUGUGCGGAAAGAGAAACGGGGGAGGUGGAGCGCUAAGAUACUGUUCUGGGAGAAGGAUAAGCCCAAGCGCACCCAGAUGAGGCUGGGUGCGUACAACAAGGAAUUGGAGGCAGCCACUGCGUAUGCAGCAGCUGUGCACGUGGUCAAGGAGGGGCGACGUGUGUCAGGGACAGUGGAGCUGUCGGAUGAGGAGAGGGGGCUGCUGAAGGGGUGCACAUUGUCCGCAGUCAAGAGGCUGGUAAGGGGCAGACAGUGGUUUCGAUGGACAGAGUGGGAGACGGCACUGGCGGACUGUCCGGAGGAGGACUCAGGCGGGGAGGGGGAAACGCACUCCGAUUCACAGGAUGAUCAGGCGGCGGAUGCGCAUGGAGGCGCCGCCAAGGAGGUGGAUACGAAGAUUGAGAUGGGCGGGGUGAAGAAGGGUGUUCCUGAGGCGCAGGUUGGGAGGGGAACGCCGAAUGAGCUCAAUGAGGAGGAGGCGGAUACACUGGACGGAGUGGCAGAACAGGGGGUGGCUAGUGCGGCACAGGGAGCAUCGCAAGUGACGCCGCAGGCGGCGGUUUUGUCAAGCGUCGGCGCAGGAGAUGAGGAUGUCGGCAGCGACGGGGGAGGCGAGGAUGUUCCUGUCCGCUCCAAAGCGGUCGCGUCGGUUAUGGCGGACGAGAACCCGGCCGCGCACGACACGGCGGCGAAGGCGCCGAGGCCUUCGGUGCCGGACAACCCUUUCGUGGCGAUGCCGAGCGUGUCAGGGCAGCCGGCAAGUGGUUCUCGGCGUGAGGAGACGUCAACUAACGACAACGUCGUCAUUAGCCGCGCCGAGCUCGAGGCCCUGAAGGCGGCCAGAGACGACGGCGAACGGCGGAUUGCGCGCCUGGAGGCGUUGCUGCUGUCCGCACAGGAUCCCAGGACGCAUAACAAGAGGCAGAGAUGUCAGAGGGAGGAGCGGGCGCGCGGUGAAGAGAGGGCGAGCAAGCGCCGGCGGGUCGAUUCAGGCUCCGAGGACGCUUCAUCCGCGGAGGGGGAUGAUGUGGAGGCGGAAGCGGAGCACGCGCCGGUCCGCCGUGUGCGCAAGAGGCGCCAUAUGAUAGAGGCGAGCUCUCCCAUACUCCAGGAGGCAUUUGACUUCAAGCCGGCGGGCAAGGCGUGGAAGGUGAGGGUCCAUUGUCUCAUGCGGUUGCUCUGGCAGAAGCACUGCGACUUUGUGCGGGAGUACCUGUUUAUCGAGCGGGGAAAUGAUGCUAUGACAUUCUACCCCAGCAGCUACGACAAGACACUGGGGUUAUGCUGGGUCACGCCACGGCUGACGCUGAAGUUUGCUGCUGUCGCGUUGGCGGCAGACAAAGGGCGACGCGAUGACUUGAACAAGAGUCUGAGCCAGUGGAAGACGGAGGUUGCAGGCCGUGUACGAGACAUUGCGCUGCCGCGCAUUGGACUGUGGCGCGACGAGCGGGAUGCGAAGAGUCCGUGGAGACGCAAGGAGGCCAGGGAGGCCGCGGAGGUGCGGAUUCGCUAUCGCGUUCUGGACGACGUCAACGAGGAUCUAACACUGUCAACCUGGAGCGAGAGCAAGACCGGGAUGAUUUUUGCUAGUGGGGCAUUCACUGCGUGCGCCGCCACCGCAUUCCGGCCAAAGAAGGUCACAGGGACAGUGAAUGUGAAGCUGUACCAGUUGGCGUGGCUCGAGCACGUGGUGACGGACACCAUCCUGAACUGGGACAAGCGCAAGGGGCGUCUGUCAAAUUCAGCAGGCGGCAACGCGCAGGUGGUGAACGGGCUGCAGGAGGUAGCCGCUGCGGCAGUGGCUCAAGCGAUCCAGGAUUUCAAGCCAACGUACGAUGCAGACGAGGCGGCGUGGGUGUGGGGGGAACAUGGGUUGAUGCUGUCGUCGGAUGGGCUUGAGCACCUGGUUCCCGGCCGGUAUGCGCAUAGGGCUCCAGUGGCUGAUGAUAGAGCAUCAGUUUCCCUGCACACAGGGCUCGGGCAUGCACCUCCGUUCCAGUGGCUCCCAUCGCGCAUGCGGUGGUGUUCAGUGGCGGUAUGCGAUAGGCCGUUGCUGGGUCUGGGGCGUCGCGCGAUUGGUCCACGAGGGCUUCCGCGAUGCAACUGCAUUGGUGGGCGAAGUGGGGUUACUAGGGGGUGGGCCAGUCUGUAUUCAACACUUGCGCGCGCACGAGUGGUGUACGUUUCGGCAGGCAACCGUACCGGGCAUGCUGUGCCACCGUUUCAUUGUGCCACGGUGGCGCCACAUUUCACUCGCAUUUCUGCAACUGUUGUCCAUCACUGCGAAGUUGCAAAACCAAAGUAUCCGCCGAGUUACUUUUCUGCAACUUUUCAGCAGCCUACUGGCAAGUCCUUUUUCGCGAUGGCGGCGGAGGUGGCGGAAGUGAAGGCGACGGCGGCGCACUCGGAGGCGCGCAUCAACGACGCCGAGCUGGCGCUCGCCGCGCUCACGAACAGCAAGACGGGGGAGCGCCGCGACGAGCGCGAUGAGGGCGGCGCGAGGAAGAAGCGGAAGCCAGAGGAGUCGCCGGGGAAGGAGGGGGAGAUGGCUGGUGCUGCUGUGGGCACCGAGCAUAAGCUUGCUGUUGGAGGUAGUGCGGCUGAAGGAAAGCUGGAUGAGGCGGAAAGCGAGAGCGAGGAGGAGUGGGGGGCGAAUGGCGAGGAAGAUUUCGACGCGGAGGCUGAGCUGCAGGAGCUGUGUAACCGCGUGGUGGCACUGGAGAAGGAUGCCAAGACAUGGGAGGCCACUCCCAGCGAGACGCGCAUGGACCUCAGCAGCUGUGUGAACCUCACCGACGCUGCUCUCUCUCGACUCACCUCCUUGCGCUCUCUCACGUGGCUCAGCCUUCGAGAGUCCAUUAGCUUCACUGCAGAGGGGUUGACGCAGCUCUACUCCCUCACGAGCCUCAAGUUGCUCGAUCUGGCGGAGACAAAUGCUACGGACGCUUCGUUGGAAGGUAUCAGUAGCUUGAAGGUUCUUAACGCACUUUAUCUUGGUGAUACCAAGAUAACCGAUGCAGGGAUAGCGAAGCUGCGAGGGCUGCCUGCACUCGUGACACUGGCCUUAGAUGGCUGCGAGUCGGUCACCUCUGCGAGCAUGGUGCACGUGGGAAAAUUGACGUCACUCGAGGCUCUCUGGCUGAGUACCACUGCAGUGGGGGAGGACGGGCUGAAGCUGUUGACUGCUCUGACCUCCCUCAAGGUCUUCAGCUUGCCUUCAGGGGUGACCGAUGUCAUUUUGAAGCUUCUGAGGAGCAUGAAGCGCCUGGAGAGGUUGGGGCUGUGGGAUGCAAAAAUCACUGUUGACGGUCUCAAAUGGCUCAAGGGGCUCAAGAGCCUGCAGGUGAUUGCAACUACGUUUGAGAACGUAGAAGCCUUGAUCAGGGAUAGCUUCCCCGAGAUGAUUGUCACAGAAGGUCCUAUCUGA